GUUAGUUGAAGUCACGUGGCGUGCCGCUGGGGAAUGGGGGCACUUCCUGUUUUACUCUAUUGAGACUUGAGCCGCUGUUGUCAGUUUCAACAAAAUGGCUGCUGGAGCGCCACAAACGAAAACCCAGUGAACGCUUCACGUCAGUGCAGUAUCAUUUUAAAUGGAUGCAUUGGAAUUUCCCUACCUUCUGAGCAUCGGGACAUUUACUCGUGUGGACUCGUUUACAUAUGUACUAGCGAACUGAAGGCAUGCUGAAAUAUUUCCCUUUACGCACUUUAUAUACACCCAAAAGCAUACAAAAGCUCAAACUGCCAGUGUGCGCGCGUCUGUGUGGGUGCGCGCGUGUGUAGCUGCUCCUGAAAUCGUCGUAAUGUUGACGCUUAUCAACCUUAAGCUUUCUUGCUUACGUGGAAAAUUGUCGUUUAAUGUUAUUUUUUGACUUUUUUGCACUGGCAUCUUUUGAGGUUUUUUCUCCGCAUCUGGAUAAAUUCCACUGCAUAUUGAGAGGUGAAUUCCUCAACUGGAAAGUCAGCCUCGCCAUUGCAGCUCACUGCAAGAGCGAGUGUCCCGACUGCGACUGAAUAAUAUCUGAUCUGUGUCAGUACGGGUAUCGACAACAUCCUCCUUCACCAUGCAGCUCAUGCAUCACAUUUGAACAGCAGACCGCAGCAGUUGCUCCUUGUGCAAAAUAAAGCCUUGGGACAAAACACGUCACACAAGAGGAGAACCAUUUGAUGGAAGAAAAGAAAAAGAAAAAGCAAGAGGAAAAGAAAAAGAAGGAAGCUGCUCAGAAAAAGGCUGCUGAACAGAAAACCAAAGUGCCAGACUCUGCCAAGCCCAGCCCCACCCCUCCUCCCCCCACCAACCCCAGCACCGCCAUCAACCCGUCCGUGCCCUCAGCCAGCAGCAGCACUGGUGGCAAUGGCAAGCGCGCACCCUCCGGCAAUCAACAGCAGCAGCAGCAGCAGCCAGCAGCCCCUCGCUACCCGCCCAGAGAGGUGCCCCCUCGCUUCCGUCAACACGAACACAAGCAGCUACUGAAGCGGGGCCAACCUCUGCCCGCCGGGAGCACGGCUCUUGCGCAGCCAGUGUCUGCCAGCCUUACGCCUCAGCCCUUCUCCUGCCAGACCCACCCAGAGCUGCCCCCACAGAGUGCCCUGGCAGCGCAGUAUGAGAAUAUAUCCCUCAAUCGCAGUGCCACUACAGCCUCUACCAACAGCUGCAGCGGCUGGGAUCCACUGAUUAUUGACGAGCGCGAUACGGAGGCGUGGCCUUCCAUUUCAUGCAAAGAAAGCCACGCCCCUGCAGGAUGCCCCUUGGACACUGAAAGUAUCAGUGACAUCAGCAGCAUGAGCAUGGCCACAGGAGCUGGCCAGCAAGGCCAUUUCUCAGCCAAUCACCCCAGCAAAGCCAAUGCCAGCCACUCAGGAGGUCUGCUCUCUAGUCAGGGUGGGGCCAGCAGAGGCUGGGGCUCCGGCCCUUCUCCUGCCAGUGGAGGAGAAGGGAAGAAUGAAGUCUCCAGCACAUCAGUGGGAGCCAGGGGUUGGGGCUCCUCCAACUUUAACUUGAACUUAAACCCCAACGCCAACCCCUCUGCCUGGCCAGUUUUGGGACAUGAAGGGACCGGCAUGGGUGGCGGCAGCUCUGGAGGAAACAACCCUCCUCCUCCUACUCUCUGUAGCCCACCGGGCACUUUGCCCAGCCAGGGCUCUAGCAGCAGUGGCAGUAUGGGUGGUGCCAAUGGAAAUUCUGCAGGUAAUGGUGGCAGUGGCAAUGGCAGCACCACAUGGGGUAGCAUUGUGCCCAGUGACUCCUCAGAGCCACACUCCACCCCAUCCACGAAUGUGUCUUUCAGCUCCGAACCUCAGAACCUUAACACUGAUGGACCAAAUCACACUAAGCAGGAGCCCAGAAGCCCAGGCCACAGCCUGCCUAACUGGGGGGUUGGCCCUGCAGGCAUGGGCUCGUUUGUUCAAACUCCAGGAGGAGCCUCGCAAGUCAAUGGAGAUGAGGAACCUGUUUGGGGUAAUGGAGAUACCAAGUCUGGUGGUGGCUCAAAAGACUCUGGUUGGGACUCAGGGAGCAGCUGGGGACAAGGUGGGGCCUCAGGCACUUCUGGCUGGGGACAAGCUGCUUCAACUGGGGACUGGGGUAAGCAUUCCAACAGUGAGGCCAAAGGAUGGGAUUCUUCAAGCUCUCCCACCCAAGAGCAGCAGCAGCUCAGUUCUUGGGUCCGUGGGGCCAAUGCUACAGCUAGUGAGGGAAGCAGUGACAGCAUGGAAUGCCGUCCUCGAAGGAGGGACCGCUCAUCAAGAGAUGAGGCUCCCCCUAUUCUACCAGCCCAGGAUAUGGACCCUCGGGUUCUGUGCAACACAGGCUGGGGACAAACACCAGUGCGGCAGCAUACAGCUUGGGAGACCGAAGAAGCUGCACGCUCCAACCGCAAGAAUGACAUUGGAACUGAUGCCUGGGGCUCGUCCUCAAAUGCAGCCAAUCUAGGACCAACACCAACUUCUGGCAGUGCCAACCCAAACUCAGGCACUACAUCCAGACCUGACUCUGGAGGCAAGAAUGAGGGCCCAUGCCCUAGUACUGGAGCUGUACCUGGAUGGGGCACAGCCAUGCCAUCACCCCAGGCUAGCUCUGGUUGGGCUGAUCCAACCAGCAACAAAAAACCUUCCAAUGGUCCUGGAAAUUGGAGCAGUACCCCAGCCGGAGGCUCAGGUGGCAGCCUGCAGAAAAGUGGUCAGACUUGGAGUUCAGAGGAGAAGUCUCCUACCUGGGAAGACAGUCACAUUAAAGCCAAAUCACAGGGCUGGGGUGAGGGGUCCAAACCAUCUCACGGAUGGGGUAAUGGACCUGGUGGAGAAAGUGGGUCUGGAGGAGAAUGGGGUGAACAUGGAGAUGUAAAGAAAAAUGGUCCCUCCAGCUCUACCUGGGAGGGAGAGGGUACCAGCUGGAACGAGGGCUCCAGGGGUUGGGCAAAGUCUACCCCUGCAGUAGGGGGAAACUGGGGUGAUACACAACGCACCAAUGUGUCACAACAAGGAUGGAAUAACAAGCCUCAGGAAGGCACCAAUGGCAAUAGUGGCAGUGGAAGCAUGGGUUCUUGGGGAGGUCCUAGCUCUGUAAAGCAGAGUGGCUCUGGGUGGGGUGGAGGAAAUGGUGGCGGUGUUAAACCUGACCAUACUGGAGAGCCCACUGGAUGGCAGGAGCCCUCUCCACCCUCCAUCCGUCGUAAGAUGGAGAUCGAUGACGGUACCUCAGCUUGGGGUGACCCAAGCACUUGCAACAAGACAGUCAAUCUCUGGGACAGGAAUAACCCUGGGAUGCAAGGCAAACCAGGACCUGGCAAUACCAACAUACCCAACAACCAUCAUCAUCAUCCCCACCAUAACCAGCCUCCCAUGCAGGCUCACAGCCAUGGAGGGCCAAACUCAAACAAUAAUAACAUUUCCCCUGAUAACGCUGGCCCACAUCAAACGGGACCGCCUCACAAUAGAACAACCCUCAUGAAUCCAGGAUGGAAUGAGAUGACAAAUGUCCAUUCAAAACCUGAGCCCUCAUGGGGGGAGCCAGCCGCCCCUCCAGCAAGUGUGGACAAUGGCACUUCAGCAUGGGGCAAACCCCCAGGUGGUUGUGGCAGCUGGGGUGAUAAUGGCCCCGAGGUCUAUGGUCGAGGCAACGGACCCCCUGGAUCUGCCCCCUGCAAACCUGCCCCAAAAUCUAUGCAAGAUGGCUGGGGAGGUGGUGAGGACAUGGGCCUGUCUGCAGGGCAGUGGGAGCAGGAUGAGAGCGACAUGUGGAACAGCACUGCAUCUCAGGAGAGCAACUCCUCCUGCAGUUCCUGGGGUAACCCACCCAAAAAGGGCCCACCAAAGGGAAAAGUCCCAAAUAAACAGGAUGAUACCUGGAUAAUGAAUCGUCUCAUCAAGCAGCUGACUGACAUGGGCUUCCCUAGAGACCCUGCAGAAGAGGCUCUCAAGAGCAACAACAUGAACUUGGAUCAGGCCAUGAGCGCCCUUUUGGAGAAGAAGACCGAACUAGAUAAACGGGGGAUGGGAAUCUCUGACUACAACAACGGCCUAGUCAAUAAACCAAUGGGAUGCAGGCCUUCAGUCAUCUCCAAAGAAUCCUCUUCAGAUCGCCCCCCCUUCUUGGACAAGGAUGCUGGGCUAGCAGAUGAUGCCCAAACCUCACCGUUUAUGCCUUCUCCGAGCCUGAAGCUCCCAUUGGGUAGUGCUGCACUCCCUGGCCAGAGUCUUGGAGUUGCAAUGCAAAACUUGAAUAACCGACAGAUGCAGAGUGGAGUAUUUGGUAGUAGCGGAGCAGCACAAGCCCGGGCCCUGCAGCAGCAGCCUCCUCCCCAGCCGUCAGUGCCACCUCUCAACUCGUCCCAGCCUAGUCUACGCGCUCAAGUGCCUCAGUUUCUCAGCCCUCAGGUUCAAGCACAGCUUUUACAGUUUGCAGCAAAAAACAUUGGUCUCAACCCUGCACUUUUAACCUCACCAAUAAACCCUCAGCAUAUGACCCUGUUGAACCAACUUUAUCAGCUGCAACUGGCGUACCAGCGUUUACAAAUUCAGCAGCAGAUGUUGCAGGCACAGCGCAGUGUUUCUGGCCCCAUCCGUCAGCAAGAGCAGCAAGUUGCACGUACAAUCAAUAACAUGCAGCAACAGAUCCAGCAGCACCAGCGGCAGCUGGCUCAGGCUCUGCUGAUGAAACAACAGCAGCAGCAGCCACCCCCCUCACACCCGGGCCUGCAUCCCAGCGCAGGCAAAUCAGCUCUGGACACAUUUCCAUCCCAUCCCCAGGUCUCCAGCCUCUCUGUUUCCGACCUUCAGACCAAAGAGCCACAGUCUUCUCCAAACUCCUUCUCACCCUACCCUAUUUCUGGAUUGAACCCCAACAUGAAUGUAAACUGCAUGGAGGUGGGUGGCCUCUCCAUUAAGGACUCUCCUCAGCCUCAGUCACGCCUAUCACAGUGGACACACCCUAACUCCAUGGAGAAUCUAUCUGGCAACUCCUCUCCUAUGGAGCCCAACUUUAGCAAGCAUGGUGCCAUCUCUGCAGGCCCCAAUCUGGGUCCCCCUAGUAAGCCCCAGCUGGAUGACUCCUACAGUCCCUACAAUCUGAUUUCCAGCUCCGAGUCUCCUGCCAGCCCUCUGGCACCUCAUGAUAGCUGGGGCCAGGGAAAGAACAACAAUGACAAGAUCUCCAACGGGACUAAUGUCAACUGGCCUCCAGAGUUUUGUCCAGGAGUGCCCUGGAAAGGACUGCAGAAUAUUGACCCUGAGACUGACCCCAAUGUAACUCCAGGGAGUGUUCCCAGUGGGCCCACCAUCAACACCAACAUUCAGGAUGUUAACCGUUACCUGCUGAGAGACAGGAGUGGAGGCAAGCUGUCUGACAUGAAGUCCACUUGGUCCCCAGGGCCCAUCUCACACACCCAGCCUUCUCUCUCUCAUGAGCUUUGGAAAGUUCCACAAGGACCCCGGAACACAACAGCUCCCACACGGCCACCUCCGGGCCUGACCAACACCAAGCCCUCGUCCACGUGGGGCGGAAACACCCUGGGCCUCGUGGCUGGCUGGAGCAGCUCGUACUCCUCAGGUACCACAUGGAGUACAGACAGCUCCAGCAGGAGCACUAGCUGGUUGGUUUUGAGAAACCUCACACCACAGAUCGAUGGUUCAACACUGCGGACACUGUGCAUGCAGCACGGCCCGCUAAUCACAUUCCACCUCAACCUGACACAGGGCAAUGCCGUGGUGCGCUACAGUUCUAAAGAGGAGGCUGCCAAAGCCCAGAAGUCCCUACACAUGUGUGUUCUGGGAAACACCACUAUACUGGCAGAGUUUGCUGGAGAAGAGGAGGUGAACCGCUUCUUUGCACAGGGUCAGUCCCUUACGCCCACCACCAGCUGGCAGGCCAACCCCGGCACCAAUCAAACUCGGCUGGGAGGCGGAGGGACGGCGGCCACACACCCCAUCGGCCACUGGAACAGCAGCAGUCUGGGAGGAGGAGGAGCAGGCGGGACGGGGUCCGGCGGUAAGGCAAGCAACGAGCUGCUGUGGGGGGGCGUACCGCAGUACUCCAGCCUGUGGGGCCCGCCCAGCACCGAGGACGGUCGAGUGGUCGGCAGCCCCACCCCAAUCAAUACGCUGCUUCCUGGAGACCUGCUGAGCGGAGAGUCCAUGUGAGAGCGCCAAGCGCUCAACACCCUACCGCAGCGAAAUAUGAAACUUAACGAGCAAAAACCAAGCAAAUCAUUUGGCGAUAAUCAACGUCAGUGGAACUGUGAAAAACCAAGAGACAGGAGGCUUAGGCCACACUUGCAUAGAGGCUGCUGACCUUCUUCCUCUACUUUUUUUUUAUUUUGUUUUGUGACUUUUCAUCUGUGUUCUCUUGAUCAUUAGGCUUGGAUUACAGUAUUCUAUAGACUUCUUACGAAGAUCCGUGACUAAAAGAGAAGUGAACCUUUACAGAAACGUUUCUCUAUUAACUGAUACCAGUGUGAAAGUGUAUUUUACUACAAACCGAUGAGACAAGCUGCCAUUGUUUUAAAUUCCUCUGGCACGAGCACAUCUUGUCAGCCCUAUCACAGCAUAUUGCCCUCUCCCCGAAGAAAUAUGCGUCAUUCCAAACUAACUCACUCCCUGUGUUUUGGACUGGCUUUUUUCGUUCUUCAUUUGUCCUUUGGAUCAUUUGGAUUAAUUAACAGCACUAAACUUUAGCCUUAACUGCUGAUCAGUCCCACUCCACUUGUACUCUGAAGAAACAUCUUGAGAAUUGCACAUUUUCUCAUUUCUGAGCCAGGACUGUCAUGGGUUCGAUCUCAGCUGCAGCAUUCGUCCUCCUUGUUUCCCACGAUUGCCAUCCUGUCCUCAUUACUCUCAAAAGGACAGACAUGUAUAUGACCCCUCUGCACAUUUGAGGCAUUUAUUCUUAAGCUGAGAGGACAUGUGGACAGCUGAGGAACAUAUUAACCACUUCUCACAAAAAAAAAAAAAAUGUACAGGAAACACUUUUUCAGAUGGACUACUUUCAUUUUCCUAAAUGACCUCGGUCCUCAUUGUCGUUCGUCUGACGUGCAAUAUAUGCCACAGACUCUUCCGUCCAUCUUUACGCAGUGCUUUUUUGCCGGCGGAAAGGUCGGAGCUCAUCUGGGGACGGAGGGGAUCAAAGACUCGUCUCCAGCCCCAUCCACCAAGCAUGGGACUGAACAGAAGAGGACUCUGUCAGUGUGUAAGCCCAUGGUGAUGAAACAUUCACUAGCACUUCCUCUACACACUCAAGGACAAGUGUGACUACAGGGGCAACAGGGGCUUCAAACCAAAUAAGAGGUGUUUCUUUGUAACCCAGUAGACAAAGUGCUUUUUUUUUUUUUUUUUUUUUUCUUUCGUUGUUGUUGUAUUUGGUACAAAAGUAUGGAAAAAAGAAGGUGUGGUUUCUUCAUAGCACUUAGCAAGAGCGUCAAGCUCCGACUUUAAUGCCAACAAAUCACACGUGUAAGUGUGAAACUGACAAAAAGCGACGAUGAAAAGCAAUCUACCGAACUUCUCCUCCAUGCUUCUUUUUGAACUCUACGUCUUUCCACAGUCUUUCAACUUUGAAAUUAGACAUUUCAAAAAUGGUAGCAAAACGAAGGGAUGUCUGAUGAGGGGAAAAAAAACACCACAACAAGACUGAAGCGUUUACGUGUUUUUUUUUCUUUCAGAUGAUAUAUAUCAAAGUAAAUAUCACUGUUACAGUACUCCAAAAUCAUUAGCCUUUUUGUCUGGAGAUGCUAGACGUGUUGUAAUGUUUCUAAUGGAUUCUGUGGGGCCCCCUGCCCUGGUGGCCCUGCCUACCUGUAUGAUAAGUGUGGCCAUUGAGUGCCUAUCUGCUGUGGCGCCUCGGGUGCCCACGCUCUGACUUUUGACCCGCUGUGCCAGGCCGGCGCACCAGAUGCCAGAACGGACCUGCCUGGGCCGGAGCAGUGGCUCCUUCAGACCUGGCCAAUCAGUACGUACUACUACUGCGCCAGCACUCGACCUCGUCUCAACUUCACUCUCAUAGACUCUCUCUCUCUCUCCUUCUCAUGCAAAGAUCACUUUAGCUGGAAGUGGACAGGUUCGUUUCAAGUACUUUUUAUGAUCAAUUGGGUUUUUCCCUUCUGGAAUUGCCAGUGUUGUUUUUUUUUUUGUUUUUUUUUUUUUUUUUUUUCUGUCAACAUUGCUGUUGUUAUCGUCGUUGCUGUUGUUGAUGUUAUAUCGUUCUUUUGCGCUUUUUUUUUUUUGGUUUGUGUGUGUCAAUGCAGUGGUCUCUAUGGUAGCUGCUCUCACCAGCCCCUCUUGCUGCGCAUAUGCAGAAAACACUCUGAUUAAGAGGCACACCUCAGCGUAAACCUUGGCGAUUGAAAUAUGGAAUCACUUGUAGUGACGGAAAUGGAUUGUUUUCGGUUGCGCGUUUAAGGCCGGAGCGCACUUUUAAAGCGUGACGAAGAGUAGGUUGAUGGUGCUCAGUUUGUCUUCUGCCUCUCCUCUGAACUUUCCUCCGCUCCGGCGUCAGAGGCCUGCCAGGCCACACGCUCACACUGGUGCUUACGACAAAGGGCAGACAGAGUACACUACUUUACCUGGUCGCCUCUUCUCACAGUAAUAAAGCAAACGAUAACGGAGACUCCGCUCUCCACUUCUAUGCAAAGACCGACCGAGAGGUGCAGUUCACGGCCUUCAGCUUCAAUCUGUAGUUCUCUCCAAGCCCACUCUUCAGCUUACCAGUUCAUCGUGAGAAGGCAGCUUCCUUACGGUGUGGCCUAAAGAAAGAAACCGGCCCGCUUCAUUUGAACUGAUUACCAGGCCCUCACUGUUUACUCUCUGAAUGAUCUCUUACAUUAUGUACAUGCAGUCUCAGGGCAGCCUCAGAGAACCCCAAACUGUUUAUCGUUACAAGCGGGGCGUAGUUGUGCAUUAUCGCAUUAUCCGAUGUGGCUUUAAAGAUGCUAAAUGGGUGGGCGAGUGGAUUCGCAGAGGAAGUUCCUCUGUUUUUUCAGAUCCUAAUGUUCCUAUUCUCGAUCGUAGACUUAACCUAGACAUGAAUCUAUCAGAGUGGGACUCCUUAUUUCUUGAAAUGUGUUUUGAUGUUUGGUUUUGUAAAGAGCACAUGGAGAUGGAGAGGUAGAAUGCAGGUUGGCACCAAGACAGACGGGUAGCACCUUGUCCCAGGUAUCAAAUAUAUACGCCUGGGAGGACUGCUGAGAAUUAAACAGGGAAUCCAGAAUGUUUAGGUGCACUGUAGAUGGUUCACAUUUGGGUACAUCUUUUUUUAAAACCAAAAAAGGUUUUUGUCUCAUUAUUAUUAAUGUUAUUGUUGAAAAAGGAAACUUUAAAUCUGUAGUACACUCUUUGACUGAAGUGCUUCUCUCUGCAAGCCUUUGACGCCCAGAAGUGGCGGACAGAUGACUCUGGGGUUGCUGUAUUGAUGGUAUUAUAUUCUGUCCUGACCCGCUACUAGGGGAACGGUACAGAUUAUUUUUUAUUUUGUUUUUUUGUCCAGGUCCACAUGGACCUAUUGUAUCAGGAGGCCUGGGGCACAUGCCAGUUGAUACCAAGUCUUAAAAGGGGAAAAUCCCUUUUCUUCUUUUUUUGGGGGGUUGUUUUUUUUUACUUCACACUCGAGUGACACUAGCAACAAUCACUAUUGCCUGUUUUUGAAGAUAUAUAUAUAUAUAUAUAUAUGUAUAUAUAUAUAUUAACUGCCUUUCUCUAAGCUGUACUCGAGACCACAGAUUGAAAAAAAACAAACAAACAAAAAAAACAAACAUCCAAAACUUGUUUAAAAUCCAGAGGAAUGCCUGUCAGGCUAGCUAGCUAGCUAAAAAAGUGGCCAGUCCUCCACUGUGGGCAUACUGAGUCUUAUCUGUAGGACUAAUGUACCCCAGCUCCAUGAGAUCGGCUCAGAUGCAAUUUUUUGUAGAUAAGAAGUCCGCUUCGAUCGUACAAAAUAACAGGGCCUGGGUGGAGAUGAGCUCUAAGAAAAUCAAAUCCUCUUUCUUAGGGCCCUGGCUAGAAUAUGCACAUGCUGGUUGAUAUACAUGUACAUCUGAAAUCCUGUGUAUGUAUAUAACUGGUUGUAUUUUAAUUUUAUUUUUUUUCUCUCCAUUUUUAAUUUUUUUCAGGCCUGAGUAACCCCCUGUUUCCUUCUCUCCAUGAAUUUAACUAGAUGAUAAAUGCAUAAACAUAUCAAAAUUAUACAAAUGAAAAAACACAUACUUGAAUCAAAAGAAGCGCCAAUAAUGUAAUGUGAAAAUUUUUGUAAUAAUUUUGUCAUUCAUACACUUCCAAGCUUUUUGAUAACAUCAGUUCAAACUAAAUGAAAAAAAUGUAGUUAAAAAAAAAAAAAACUAAAAAAAUUUAAAAAACAAAGAUAAGAGGAAAAAAAAGCAAAACGACAUCGGUUGUAUGUGAGUGUUUGCACAAGAUUGCGUGUACUGUAUGACGGAUGAAUGCGUUUGUUUGCCUGUUUGCGUGAGUUCAAACCAAUGUAUGCUAGUGAUUACAGUGGAUUUGUUUUCGCCUUUGUUUCAUCUUAGUGUUUUUUUUUUUUUUUUUUUGUCUGUCUUUUGUUCGCUAGUCAAAAAUAUAUUCGGAUGUGUAUUGUUAUUGUAUUUGUUAUUAGCUUUGUUAUUAGAGUUGCACUGAGUGUCUGCUUCCCCUCAUUCAGCUAAUCGUACAACAUGAUAUUAAAGUACUAAGGGGACAAGGUGACAAUUCAUGUGUUAAUGUUUACUCAAGGACUUAUUGAGAAAUAUAACAAGUGUGUUUUUUUUAUCUGUAAUACGAUUAUCUACCUUAUAGUGGCUUUUAUUGUGGAAUAAUCCAUGAUAAAGAAAUGGAUUAUUUUGAGUAUUGCACCAUUUUUUGUUUUUGGAUUAUAAACAGAAAAAAUGCAAAAUACUACAAAAAAAAGUAUAUGAAUAUGAAAUGUGGGGAAAAAUCUUUUUGAAGAACUGUGGCCAUAGAUUGAUUUAGAGGGACUUGUAACUCCCCAUGUUACACCAUGAUGAGCUGGAUAGACAUCUGGAGAAGAGUUUCUUACAAGACUCAUUUCAGAGGUGCCUACCUUUCUGGUUUGCUUCUUUUUUUUUUUUUUUUUUGUUAAUUUUUGUUCACUAUCUUUGUGCAAGGCCACCAACAGUUUACAAACAUUUCAUGUUUUUCUGAAGUUCAAGGAAAAAAUGUUGCAAUGGGAUUGUCAUGAGAAGAGAAAAGAAAGCAAAUCCUAAAGGAUAUAUACUUCCAUCAAAUGAAUAACAAAAACACUUUACAGAAUGAAGAUUAUUGUGCUACUUGGAGAACUCUGGGAUUGAUCAGUGUUGUCAUGUUUUUGUUUUUAUUUAUGUUGGCAAUGUUACUUGCAUAGAUUAUCAAAGCCUGUUUUUUUUUUUUUUUUUUUUUUUGAAGCAAAAAAAAAAAAAAAUCCUUUUUUUUAAAAAAAAAAAAAAAAAGAGAAAAGAAGACAUAGUUGUUCACUAUCUUGCACACACAAAAAAAGUGGAUCAUGUCUCAGGAAGGCAAGGGUUCCAGAGUACCAACUCCACGCCAUUUAAUGUUUGUUUUUAGAGAAAGAGGAUAACGGAGGAAAAAAAAAAAAAAAAACAUAAGCACUGAAGGUUAUGGAUUUCAGAAGAAGAAAAUACCUUUGUUUCUAAAUCCGUAGCAGUUACAUAUUUACCAAAUAAUGAACUCUUAAUGAACUUUAAAAAAUGGAGUGCUUUAUAUAUAAAUCUAUAUAUUGAAAUUGCUUUACAUUUUAAACAAAAUGAUCAAUGAUUUUGAUUGUUCAAAAGACGGUGAAAGAACAUACAAAUGCUGUAUGUUUGAAUCUUUAUUGUAUUUUCUUAACAUGAGGUCCCUUCCUGUUGAAAUCAGGACCAUUGUGCAUUACUAUUUCUUUCCUCUUUGUCAUUCUGUCUCUUGUGGCGGGUAUUACAUGAUGAGAACUAAAAACGAGGGAUUGGGGGCAGGGUUUCUGUAUCAAUUUGAUUGAUUUAAAGAGAAAAAAAGCUGGUUUAUACGGAUCAUGAUCUAUGCACAAGGGGGGUGGGGUUCUUAAAGCCUCUGUGACCCAUCUCUCAUUGGGAUUCGAGGGAUUCUUUUUUGUGUGUCCUUUUAUUGUGCUCAUAUGCUCUGUUGUCUCCCUCCCCCACCGACCCCAUCUUACUUCCCAUUUUUCAUGUUUCUUACAUACAGUACAUCGCCAUGCUGUGUAUUCCUAAACCAAUGAACGUCUCAUUCUGAAGCACUGUGGGGGUUUUUUUGUAGCCCAUGACUUUCAAGGUUGUCUGUGUUCUUUGUGUGUGUGUGUGUGUGUGAGCGAGUGUUACUGGGAUGAGUGUGGAUGGAGAUACUGGGUUGCUUUUGCCUUUUGAUUUUAAAUGUUAAGGAAUAUGUCUGUACUGAGAUUUUAAUAAGUCAGUGGCUUUUAAUGUUUUGUUUUUGUUUGUUUUCUCUCUCUUUUUCUCUUUCCUCAUAGAAUGUGAUUGUUGACAUGCACCGAAAAAAAAUGUUUUGAACUAUGGAGCUUCUUUCAAACAAUUAAUAAAUUGCAUUUUUGUUCUUGGCUGUAAUGAA